AUGCCCGCCGAGGAACUACAUCUCGAUCUUCGAUGGCACAGAGUUGCUGGUCGUGCAGACGAAGUGACACCUCAGUUGCUUCCGUUGAUCGUUGAGAACACAUCCAAAAGCCUCAAACGUUUCUCGCUACGUUCAGACUGUGAUCCUCACUGCUUCGGGGGAAAUCCGCUGGAAGGCAUCGCUCUAGAAGACUGGUAUGAGGGUCUUGAGGAGAUCUCAUUGAUCAAGCUGUGUAUGCGAGAAGAACAGAUGCGCGACUUCCUAAGAGUCCAAAAGGCAUCUCUAAAGCGUUUGACUCUUUCCGAGCUGAUUCUCAUCGGAGACUGGGACCGGCUGCUAUCUUGGGUCUCUCGAAACUUCGCACUUGAGCAGUUCACUCUUGAUCGAGCAUACGCGCUGAAACCCCACAGAUGGAAUGAGACUAACAACCGAGCAUAUCUGUGGUAUAACACAGGCUUGCAAUGUCAAACCAGGGCUGAGAUGUGUCAUGGCCUGGAUCUAUUCAUCAGUUCGCAGGCCGCAACAAGACAGGCAGAAGAGGAGAGAAAGAGGAAAGAGAUUGAACAGCAGGAAAUAGAACGUGCGUCGCGUCGCUCGUCAAGACUUUCUAGAACAGAAGGCCGAAAGCAUUAUCAGCAGUAG